GUAAUAUGUCGCUGUCCAGAACGACUCAGCUUCCAUUCGCCAAGCGGCAGUUUUUCCAAGUGUUGGCCAGAAAUUACAGCAACACUCAAGAUGCCGAUCUCGUCGUUAUCGGAGGAGGACCAGGAGGCUACGUUGCCGCUAUUAAGGCCGCUCAACUCGGAAUGAAGACAGUUUGUGUUGAAAAGAACGCCACAUUGGGAGGAACCUGCUUGAAUGUUGGAUGUAUUCCAUCAAAAGCUCUUCUCAACAAUUCCCACUAUUUGCACAUGGCUCAGCACGAUUUUGCAGCAAGAGGAAUCGACUGCACAGCUUCGUUGAACUUGCCAAAAAUGAUGGAGGCCAAGUCAAACUCUGUGAAGCAGCUCACCGGAGGAAUCAAGCAGCUUUUCAAGGCCAAUAAGGUCGGACACGUCGAGGGAUUCGCCACCAUUGUCGGCCCAAACACUGUUCAAGCCAAGAAAAAUGACGGCUCAGUCGAAACGAUCAACGCCCGUAACAUUCUGAUCGCAUCUGGAUCAGAAGUCACCCCAUUCCCAGGAAUUACCAUUGACGAGAAGCAAAUUGUCUCAUCCACUGGAGCCCUCUCUCUUGGACAAGUCCCGAAGAAGAUGGUCGUCAUCGGAGCCGGUGUGAUCGGACUUGAGCUCGGAUCCGUCUGGCAGCGCCUCGGAGCCGAAGUGACCGCUGUCGAGUUCCUCGGACACGUCGGAGGAAUGGGAAUCGAUGGAGAGGUGUCGAAGAACUUCCAGAGAUCACUGACAAAGCAGGGAUUCAAGUUUUUGUUGAAUACGAAGGUUAUGGGAGCCUCGCAGAACGGAUCAACCAUCACUGUUGAGGUCGAAGGAGCCAAGGAUGGAAAGAAACAGACUCUCGAAUGCGACACGCUCCUCGUCUCAGUCGGACGCCGCCCAUACACCGAAGGUCUCGGACUCUCGAACGUUCAAAUCGAUUUGGACAAUCGUGGACGUGUUCCAGUCAACGAACGCUUCCAGACUAAAGUUCCAUCAAUCUUCGCCAUCGGUGACGUCAUCGAGGGUCCAAUGCUCGCGCACAAGGCCGAGGACGAAGGAAUUCUGUGUGUUGAGGGAAUCGCCGGAGGACCAGUUCAUAUUGAUUACAAUUGUGUUCCAUCAGUUGUCUACACUCAUCCAGAAGUCGCCUGGGUUGGAAAGGCUGAGGAGCAGUUGAAACAGGAGGGAGUCGCCUACAAAAUCGGAAAAUUCCCAUUCGUCGCCAACUCUCGUGCCAAGACCAACAAUGAUCAGGAGGGUUUCGUGAAAGUUUUGGCUGAUAAACAGACUGAUCGUAUGCUGGGAGUUCAUAUUAUUGGACCAAACGCCGGAGAAAUGAUCGCCGAAGCCACGUUGGCAAUGGAAUACGGAGCAUCUGCUGAAGAUGUUGCCAGAGUUUGCCAUCCACAUCCAACCCUCUCGGAAGCCUUCAGAGAAGCCAAUCUUGCAGCCUAUUGUGGAAAGGCCAUCAACAACGUCUAAAUCUCUCUCUCUCACAUUUUUUUUGUAUCUUUAAAAAUUUCGCCGAAAAUUUUCAUAUUUAUCCCCCUCCCGAAAUCCCGAAAUCCCCGUCGUCCUCCAAGCCCUGUCUCUUACAUUUAGUAGUCUACAAUGCAUAGAUUUUAAUUUUUUUUUUUUCGAUUUUUGUGCUCGAUUCUCGAGAAAAGAUUUAUUUGUGAUUAGGUAAUGAAUCGAAAUUGAUUCCGCUAUUUUUUUGAUGUUUUUGUAGAAUUUUAGCCCAUUUUUCUUUUUUUUUUCUAGCUCGGACCACUUGAAACGACGAAAAUAAUUUUUAAAAAAUAUUAGAAAAUUG